UAUACUCUAUAUCUGCCGAGCUGACAACAGGUGCACGAAAAGGUUGCUAUGGCAUCUGCUUCGUUAGCAACACGCUUGGUGUCGGUAUCUUUUUGUUAGAAAUGGCAUAAAACGUCAUUUCCCAUCAUAUAAUUUCUGCCCCCGGAACAACCAAACUGUAGAUGUGAUAUACAUAAAUACGCUUACGACUUGAGAUACACCCCUAAACGAUAUAAUAUCAGUUUGUAUUAGUCCAAAGCGGAUGAAGAUGAAAAGCCCCACUACUUCCCUAAGCCUCUCUCCCAUCUCCCCCGCAGGCCCUUCCCUUGUCACUACACAACAAGCCCGUAGCCGCCACAGCAGCCCAGUCACACAAACACAAACUCGCCCAGCUUCCCGUCUAUACACGUGUCUCCAGCCCACUUCCGGGAAGCCGCUACCUGUGUAGACUACAAAUCCCAUCAGCGGCCUGGAACGUCGCGCCUGCGCAGUAAAGCUUGUUUGCUCCCAAGGCUAUAAGGGAGUUGUAGUCAAUUUCCGUGUUUAGGCGCAUAAGCUGGCAGAGCGCUUCCGGCCCUAGUGAACUCCAUUUCCCAGCAUGCAGCGGGCCGGCUCUCUGAGAGGCUAGAGCUCUGGCUAAUGAUCCCUAGCAGUGUGGAGUCACGUGUGGCUUCCGUUGGUGUGUUUUCCUGGGCACAGAGAGGGUCUCUUCCCCCCCUCUCUCCCUCCCUUAAUUCGGAUUUUAUUUUUUUUUUCUUUUUGCCCAUAGUGUUUGUUUUCAGGCCCGAGCAGCCUCUCCCCUCCUUCCCAUCACUAUAGGAAAGCAUGAGCGAUAACGAUGACAUCGAGGUGGAAAGCGACGAAGACUCGUCAAGAUUUCCCCAUUCGGCAGACAAACGAGCCCAUCACAAUGCACUGGAGCGGAAACGCAGGGACCAUAUCAAGGACAGCUUCCACAGUUUAAGGGACUCUGUACCAUCACUCCAAGGCGAAAAGGCAUCGAGGGCCCAAAUACUGGACAAAGCUACAGAGUACAUUCAGUACAUGAGGAGGAAAAAUCACACACACCAGCAAGAUAUCGAUGACUUAAAGCGACAGAACGCUUUAUUAGAACAACAAGUUCGUGCACUGGAAAAAGCAAAAUCCAGCUCUCAGCUGCAGUCCAAUUACUCAAGCUCUGAGUCGGAAACUGAAGAACCCCAAAGCAGAAAGAAACUACGGAUGGACGCGAGCUAGACUGGCCACAGCAAUAAAACCAGCAGCCUGUACCAAGCUUCACUUCGGCCCCAUAUUAGCCCCUCAUUAGCCCCGUCCAGCUCUUUUACAGACUUUUUUUUUUUCUUUUGGCCUCAUCCUAAUAUUGUUAUGCUCUUGGACUGCAUUUUUUUUAAUGAAUUUGGUCCCUUCACUGUCUUCUGAUUCAUUAGUUUAUUUUCUCCCCAUUACUGUUAUUUAAAUAUAAAGUACCAUCCAUGUUUAAAAUGGAUCGGAUUUGAAAAAAGUUGGAAAAAAAAACGCCCGUCUAUGUUGUAUGUGUUCAGUUGCAUGGUAUAACCCAGAUUGCUUGCCUGCAGCCUGGCAGCUGUAUGGUGUAGGGCAGGUUUGUGCAGCCUGUGAAAGGUAAAAAAAAAAAUGUGCAAAUGCAUUUAUUUGUGCGUUAUUUGUGUCACACUAAUUAUUUAAUGUCCCAUCUGGUUGCUUUUUUAGCCUUGACAAAUAGAAUUGACCUCUGCUCCACCCUAAGUUUCCGAUAGGUACAUGGUGCUGCCCACGUGGGUUCAGAUAGGUGUUCGUUGGUAGCUAUUGAAGCUUUCUUAUCAGUGCCCUUUGAGGAUGCAUUUUAGUCACAGAAACCCUAGGAAAUGUAUAUUGGGAGCAAAUUAAUUGUGAUAUUUUUAAGUUCAUUUGGUGCCUCACACCUUUACUAAACUCUUUAAAGUACUGGGUAUCAGAUGUUUUUUUUUUUUUAGGUUCAAGCUCUUCUUGGAGGACCAACCAUUGAUUAGGGCCCCCCUUUGGUUUAUAACAAGUUCACAGAUAUAGGAAAGCAUUGCUGUGCCAGUCAUUCAUUAGUAGUUCCAAGAAUAUAAAUGUUCAGCUUCUCUUAAUUGACCGUCUAGCUGGGCUUUCAGGGGUAUCUAUAAGAGCACAUGGGCAUUUCCCCCAAACUUUACUCUAACUGGACUGUGAACCCCCCUGCCCCCUGCCUCCAGGCUUGCCACUUGUACUGGAAAAAGCAGUCCAGCUGCUGAGGGGACCUGUGGCUGUACCACCAAAUGGACAAACGUCACAUGAGCUACUUGUUUUAGGUCACCAAAUGAGUAGAUCCUUCCCCAAGUAGUUGGCUCCAUCAUCUGGGUAUCUCUGCUGAACAGCAAAUCACCUGUUCCAUUGGUGCAGACUGCAUCUGAUGGGAUUGAUCUCCAAAUGAGCCAUUUUGGCUCCAUACACAGCCAACAGGCAUCAUUCUCACCCAUUUUUCCAGCCAGGGUCUACCUGUGCACAGUAUGCUUUCUGAGCUCUAGAAAGACCCACUCCUCCCUUUGAAACCAAUACUUUAAAUUCAAGGUUGGAGAAAUCAAAACCAACAUCAAUUAAGGCCAGGGUGCUGAGAGAUGAAGUACAGCAAUAUCCUAAGAGGUUGCUUGUUUCCUUCAUCUUGAUAUAUAAGGUUACCAUAGGUUCAUUUUGAGGGGCCCUUUUAGGGCUCUAACUUAAUGCCAAGUAUUUUGUUUACCCAGAGCCAAUCAGAACAGCCUUGCCUAUGAUAGAGCCCUGAUCUACACACAGUUUACACCAGGGCCAAUCAGAAUGGCCUUGCCUAGAGCUAGAACCCUGAUAUACACACAGCUUACACCAGGGCCAAUCAGAAUGGCCUUGCCUAGAGCUAGAGCCCUGGGUUACACACAGCUUACACCAGGGUGAUAUUCUAUUUCAUUAAGCUUUUCCCCCCCACUGAUAUACAUAACCCAUUUCCCCCAACGCUCAGCAGCUGAACUUUGCCAUUUGCACUGGGUUACCUUGAAGCACACGGACCUCAACAAAAAUGAAUUAAUUCCUGCUUCUUACUAGUGAUUUGACCGGCGUGCAAGUGGGUUUUUUUUUUUUUUUUUAGGUAUUUGUUUUUCUGCUCUAUAUGUAUCUGCCAAAAGGAAGGGGUUCAUUACCGACCAGCAGUCUUACCCAACAACAUGCAAAGCUACUCAUCUAUGUAUGUCCAUUCUAUAAAUAUAUAUAUUUGGUAUUGUUUAUUUUCGCACUGUUUUAUCCCCUUUUUUUUUGUUAUUUCACCUGUUUCUGGCAGGAAGAAAAAUACAGCUCAUUUAAUGAAGAGGAAAUUGUCUUUUUUUUUUUUUUUUUUUGCAUGUUUUUUUAUGUUAUAUAGAUUUGUACCCAUUUAAUGUAUUGAUGGUCUGAUGGUUUAAAGGUGCAUUUCUCCCCACAAUAAGGGUCUGUGUCACAAAGCUCAUGACUUUUUUUAGUCCGUUAUAUAGAGACAAAUGCAAUAGCACCGAGUGGCUCUGCGCCCAUAUGUAUUGCAAAUGCAGAGAAGGGGGAUCACUCCGUUCCCAUUGAUAUUUUUAAAAUAACGUGAUUCUAUUUCCUUGGAAUACAUCCACAGCAAGCACUUUUCAUAAGACUAAUGUCCGUGGCAUAGCUAUGAAUUAUUUGCCAUAAUAUUGCUCAGUACUGCUCAGUCAUACAAAUAUCCCCCUUACUUUAUUUUUACUUUUUACCAGAGGGGAAAUGCACCUUGUGGCACCGGAAGGGUAAGAGAUGAUUGACCGAUUAUGUGGACGUCCCAUGCAAUGCUAUGUAAUGUUUUAUAUUGCUCCAAGUGAUCAUUUCUGAUUAGCAGCUUACCGUACCCGGCCCGACCACAGUGGCAGCUAUUAUACAAUACAUGGUGCCCAUUAGGUGUGCAUGUGAGCACUAGCCCCCAUGAAGGGUUUGGUAAACCAGUGGCACAAAGACAAAUUCCAAUUUUUUUUUGUGUUAUUCAUUAAUGUUUGUCCCAUCAUAAACCCUUCAUUUUUUUCAUGGCCUUUUCUCCCCACAGAAACCAUAAGGAUGUUGUACAUACAGCCCAGUGACCAUCUCAAAGUUAAAGCUGUCCUUUACUAUAAGACUAUAAAAAAAAAUAAAUCUUAUUUUAUCCUUA